GAAGGGUCCUAAAAAUUUGGGGCUAGGCGCCUGCCUCAAUUGCCUAAAGGCAGGGCCGCCCCCGACAGCGGCCCUGGGAUUUUCCAUUCAGCACAAAACAAAUAUCCUUUCUGAUCCCUUCAAACGAUCCUAUCUUCUGUAUGUUAGAUGAUCAUUCCCCUACGUGGCUCUUCCUAGCUAGCUUGCUUCUCCAUCAGUUCAUAAUAACUAGUAGUAAUCAUAUAGCUACUAGCUACUGAAGAUGGAAGAUCUGUUGAGCUUUCUCAUGGGAGUCAUUGGCAACAUCAUCUCAGUGCUGGUCUUUCUCUCUCCCCUAAAGACGUUUUGGCGAAUAGUGAAGCAGAGAUCGACAGAGGAAUUUGAGAGCGUGCCAUACAUAUGCUCACUGCUGUGUUCAUCCCUAUGGGCUUACUACGCCCUCACCAAGUCCGGCGAACUCCUGGUGGCCACCAUCAAUGGCUUCGGCAUUGUCGUUGAAACUACCUACCUCAUCUUGUUCCUCAUCUUUUCACCUCGCAGGAUGAGGAUGAAGACUGGGAUUCUGGUGGGAAUAUUGGAUGUGGGGAUUUUAGCAGCGGCAAUAGGAGUAACCAAGAUGACUUUGCAAGGAGAAAAACGUACUGAGGCAUUAGGCUUCAUCUGUGCUGCCCUAAACAUCCUCAUGUAUGCUGCCCCUCUAUCUGCCAUGAAAACAGUGGUGACGACCAAAAGUGUGGAGUACAUGCCAUUCCUUCUCUCAUUCUUCCUUUCCAUAAAUGGAGGGGUUUGGACUUUCUAUUCUCUCCUCCUUCCUGAUUACUUUCUUAUGGUACCAAAUGGGGCAGGAUUCGUACUUGGAGUGGUGCAGCUGGUGCUGUAUGCAAUUUACAGAAAUCCAAAGUCCUUGAAGAAAAACAACGUUUCAGAUGCAGGACUGGUGGAGGAGCCCCUCAUCUCCUCUUAUUCAAUUACUGCCCCGGACCAUUCAUAAUCAUGCGGAAGAAGCAAUUGAAGAAUUCACAAAAAAUACCCCAAUCAUUUGUUUAUUUUCAAGAGAAUAAAACUAUCUUAUUAUUUAUUAGUUUAAUUAUUUGUGAAAAAGUUCCUAAAAAUGAAAAAAAAAUAAAUUUUCUGA